CGAUCACACGUUAUGCCAAACACGUCGACAGGAAUAACCUAUUCUAUAUUGCCAGCGAUCGCAAGUUUUUGGCUGUAAUUUCAGAAUUUGGGUGCUAGAUAAAGUAUAAUGGGCGAUAUGACAUGCAGAAAUACAGACGUUAUAUUCCUUUUUGAUGUUGAUGGAACUCUCACAGCGCCUAGGCAAAAAAUUUCCAAUGAAAUGAAAGAGUUCAUGCGCCAUCUUCGCGAAAAAGUCGUUGUUGGAAUUGUUGGCGGUUCCGAUCUUUCAAAAAUCACCGAACAACUUGGAUCUUCUGCUGAUGAAGUUGCAAAAAGCUAUGACUAUCUGUUCUCAGAGAAUGGACUUGUUGCCUACAAAGAUGGGAAACUUAUUCAUGAAGCGAAUAUACAAUCUCAUCUAGGUGAAGAGCUUAUUCAAAAGUUUAUCAACUUCUGUCUCAAAUACAUGGCAAAUUUGGAGUUGCCAGUAAAACGAGGAACUUUUAUUGAAUUCAGGAAGGGUAUGCUCAAUGUAUGCCCUGUUGGACGUAGCUGCUCACAGCAAGAACGAGUAGAUUUCUUUGAGUAUGACAAGAAGCACAAUAUCCGCAAAGACUUUGUUGAAACUCUACGUAAAGAGUUUAAAGGCAAGGGAAUGACAUUUUCCAUUGGUGGACAGAUUAGUUUUGAUGUUUUUCCAGAUGGUUGGGAUAAACGUUAUUGCCUAAAACAUAUUGAACAUGAAAAUUUUAAGAAAAUUUAUUUCUUUGGUGACAAAACAAUGCCAGGUGGGAAUGAUCACGAAAUUUUUGAAGACCCGAAAACAGUCGGUGAAACAGUCACUUCACCAGAAAACACAAGAGAGCAGGUUCAGAGCUUGCUCAAAACAAUGUCACAGUGAUAUCUAGAAAAUAUAUACCUGUAUAAGGUAUAUUGAAAAUUUGGUUCAUAACAAAAUUGUACCAAGAGUUUUUGAACACCUUGUUUAUCAACUGUUUAAUUAAUUAAGUAAUAUAUUUGUACCUCAACCUGGUAGAACUAUGAAAAAUAAGAGCUGAAAGAUAUUGUCAUAUUUGGCUACAAUUCUGCUGUAGUAUGUCUGUAAUUAUUUUAAUUCAAAUAUCAAGGAAGCAUUGGUUCUUGGAAUUGGAAGAAUACAGACCAUAACUUUCGUCAGAAUUGCUCCACUUUUGAUGGACUAUACUUCUGCACUUGGGUGGGACUGCUUUUGCUUCAUUUAUUGUAUAAAACUUUGCAGUAUAACAUUAUAACCCACACCUUAUUUUUUCUACUUAUGGUUUAACUUUAAAUGAAGUCUGUUCUUAAGUUGUAUUUUUCAUUGCGUGUGUUAUCAUCUGCUGAAAAUGGUCACUUGUCAAGUUUAGUUUUUUCAUCCAGUAUAAAAAUAGC